AUGAUCCCCGGCGGAGACCAGAUCGAAUUCAUAAAUGAAACAAUCGACUAUCUUCUUCAAACCUCCAAACGGGCGUCCGCGACUUCGUCGUCCCAGUCCCAUAACAUUGCUUUCCUCUCAGCACAAUUCAGUCAUGAUUUCCAGAAGGGACAUCUCCUGACAGGGUCCUCGCUCUACAAAUGGGCUGCAACUGAUGCCCGACGACAGAACUUGGCCUGCAAAAACUAUCAUGAGAGAAUUCAUCCCAACAUACCCACGACGCAACAGCCGGGCAUUGAAGCAGCCUCGCAGCCAUCCACGGAUGGCACGGAGGUCGAGCAGCCGGACCACGCUCCCCACACCUCUACUCUUCCUUUCCUAUUCCCGCGAAGACACCGUGAGAUUCAGGAACCCCACUCAUACAAUCACAAUCCUCCUCUCGGCUUGACAGCCUUCCACCCACAGAACAAUCGACUCUCUCGUUUGCGUCAAAUUAGCGCCAAACUUCACUGCCUCUAUGGCGUCCCGAUUCAAGAAGUCCACCGUGACACAACGAGCUCUCAACGAUACAGUCUCCGAAGUGAUACUGGUCCAAUCCACUCCUAUGCCCGCUCGAGAGCCUACGAUCUCCGUCAGCACACCGAGGCCACCCAUUGGGGCCCCUUUUUCAACGAUAAUACUCAAGAGGUUGAUUGGGAGAAGGUGGAAGCCAUAAUGUUGAUCCUUGACCACAACAUGAGACAAUACAUGAAUACACAUGAACCUGUCACCCCACUGGCUGUUCCAGAUUGGACUACACCCUUUGCGGGCACGAAUCCCUACAGUUAUGUAUCGCUGCAGACGAAUAUCCCACAGGAGCCUGCACUUCCCCUCGAAGCGCAAGAUCCAUACAAUAUCACAGGCACGUGGAUGCGAGUCGUCUGUUUUCUGGACUAUACCGAGCUCUUUGACUUCAAUUUUACUGGGGGUGAUCCACCACCCAACCAACCUAGACUACCUUUAGAUACAGAUGAAGCCAUCAGAUUGAUAACAAUGAAACUCGUGGUCUCGAAGAUCGAGCGACCUGGGCGCGAGAAUGGGCAGGACUUGCCAGUCGUAUGGUUCAAAGGAGAGUCUUCAAGUGUGAGGCCAAGCUGGGAUCAAAAUGCUAAUAGCUCGAAAAUACGAGGUAUAUCAUCCUACCCUCAUUGUAUAUAG